GAAGGCAAUCUUGGCGUGCCACCUGGAACCGCAGAAUCACCGUUAUAUUACACGUACGACAUUGCCUCCUGCAGACUCCUGUCGUCUUACAUUCUAACCCUGCAUUCUCUCACUUUCUCUGUCUCUUCUUCUUGGGGUCUCACGUCUCAUUGCCUCUGUUCUUACCGCCAGAAGCACUCGGCGGUCGCAUAACAGCGGCAAAAUCCCAGAUCAUGUCAGGACCUCAAUGCUGCGAGAACCCUCCAGCUCUGAACCCAGCCAGCGGGCAAGGCCAUGUUGAGGAGCUGGGCGGACUCAAGAGCUACGUCUCUGGUUCCUCUGCCUCUAACCUCGCCAUCGUCCUUGUCUGUGAUGUGUUUGGAUAUGAAGCUCCAAACUUGAGGAAGCUUGCUGACAAGGUCGCAGCCACUGGGUUUUAUGUGGUUGUUCCUGACUUUCUCGGUGGGGAUCCUUAUGUACCUGAAAAUGCCGAAAGGCCCAUUAUGGAAUGGAUAAAGGAUCAUGGAACUGAUAAGGGAUAUGAAGAUGCAAAGCGAAUAAUUGAAGCUGUGAAAGGCAAAGGUGCAUCUGCAAUUGGGGCUGCUGGCUUUUGUUGGGGAGCUAAGGUUGUGGUUCAGCUGGCAAAGACAGGGGCCAUCGAUGCUGCUGUGUUAUUGCAUCCGUCAUUAGUCUCGGUGGAUGACAUCCAGGGGGUUAAGGCUCCAAUAGCCAUAUUAGGAGCUGAGACAGACCAUAGGUCACCACCGGAACUCCUGAAGCAGUUUGAAGAGAUUCUGGCUGCCACACCCGAGGUUGAUGCACGAGUGAAGAUAUUUCCGAAAGUUUCCCAUGGGUGGACUGUCAGGUACGAUGUCGCCGAUGAAGAAGCGGUUAAGCGUGCCGAGGAGGCGCAUUCGGAUAUGCUAGAGUGGUUUGUGAAGUUUGUCAAGUGAGGGAAGUCUCUGGCAUCCAUUGAAACCCUACUCUUAUGGCAUGUGACAACUCGGGUAAUGAAGUCGAUGCUGUUUAUUCUCUA